AUGGGAACCAUAUUGCAACUUGCUGUAGAUGAAUUGGGUAUCCAUGUAUCGGAGGAGCCACCACCUACUGAGUAUGAAAGGGCAAGGCUUCAAAACUUGAUGAGAAAUAAUCAAAUGUUGCAGAGCCUUGGUGUUUCCAAAUUGGUUUCAAUUAUUAAUGGCUCUAUUGCAGCAAUGCACAAACAAAUUAGUCGUGAAGAUUCUGAUUCUUCGUAUGAACCAGAGGGGGAUAUGGAGGACUCUGAACAUGGUUUAGUUGACAAGGUAUUUGCAACCACAUUAAUUUGGAUUAUCUCUUGUUGCAUAAUUUUCAGAAUUAUUACUCAUUUGUGCUCCAACUCUAAUGACAUGCAGGUCUCAGAGAGGAAUACCACCGUGUCUUCCGGCGCAGCAAGACGCUCAAAGAGUGUGUACAUGCCACCAGUUGACCAAGACCAAAUUACUAGGAUCACAAGACAAAAGACAAGGCAGCUGUUAUCAACUGGGGAUGGGCUUCAAGACACACCUACAAAUACAGCACAAGAAGAUGCAAUAGCUGCCCUGUCUCCUAAUCAAGCUUCUGACCAAACUGAGAUGUGUAACGAAGGUGAACAAACUGAUAUGGUGGAUAAGUCCAAGAGGGGGAGAAGUAUGGGUUUUCAUUUGGAAAGGAUGACCCAAGGUUUGAAUGCUAAGAUUCCAGUGCUUGUUGCUGAUGGCAAGAGAAGGCCAGACGCGCCCGUGCAAGCUGCAAAACUUGCGUCGGAGAGUGGGAUUAUUAUUAAGCAACACAUACCAAUAUACACACACUGGAAAGAGUACAAGAAGGACCAGGCUACUCAAUCUGAAUACAUGGGAAGACUUGGUGUCAAAUUUACCAUUGACACAAGCAACAAGGCAAUCAAAACGGCAUGCACUGAUUUGCUAAGGGGUGGAACACGACAGUUUAGGCACAAGCUUAAGAAAGAAUAUUUUGAUGGUGUACCAGCGAAUGAAGUGAGAACUACGCCACCAAUCAAGAGUAUGACUGAAGAUCAGUGGAAAGCACUAGUGCAAAUGUGGUCAGACCCAAAGCACAAGGAGAGGUGUGACCAAGCUAAAAAGAAUCGUGGGAAAGUUAAGUAUCCACACAAGAAAGGUUCUAGGUGCUACAUUGCGCAGACCCAUGUUGUGGUAAGAUCAAAACAUUGACCCUCUUG